AUGGCUGAAAAUACUACAGCUACUUCUCCUACCAAUUCAUUCUCACAAACGGAUACCGCAAUCCUCGAUGCCCUAUAUGUCAUCUUAUUGGCUACGUUCGGCGCCUCCUUUCAAUACCUCAUUUGGUACGCAAAGGAUAUAGUUGAAAGGUAUUUCAUGUCUACCGCAGAAAUACGUUUCGACGAUGAGACUUUUAAUUACUUCAUGUACUGGAUGUCACGACAGCCAAACAUGUCGAAAACAAACCGCUUUGUCGCUGGUGUUAAAACAAGUGGCUACUGGUCUGACGAUUGCUCUGAUGAUGAAGACGACGAAAAAGGAAUUGAGCUGGAUGAGCCCGGCUGCGGCGAAAACGAACCAUCCUUUGAAGAAUACUGGGCCAAGCUCACCGGCCGUGACAAGUAUAGAACCUUGCGAUAUACACCAUCAGAGGGCCGCCAUUUCUUUUGGUAUCGAGGCAAGCCGCUGAUGCUGGAGCGACAACAGCAACAGCAGAGUCCGCUGUGGGUAAUGAACAACGAGACCCUUUACGUAUCUUGUAUUGGUCGCAACCCUGCCAUAAUCAAGGACCUGCUCAACGAGGCGCAACAGACAUAUGUAGAGCGCGAUGGCAAUCGAACCGUUAUUUACCGCGGCCAAAGACUAUAUACUGGUCAGCAGUUUGGCUGGUAUCGAUGCAUGGCGCGUUGCCCACGGCCUCUGUCAACUGUUGUUCUGGAUCAGGCACAGAAAGAUGAAUUUAUUUCCGAUAUCAAAGAAUAUCUUCAUCCGCGCACUCGACGAUGGUACUCAAAUCGGGGAAUUCCGUAUCGCCGGGGAUAUCUCUUGCAUGGUCCUCCGGGUACAGGAAAAACCAGUCUCUGCUUCGCAGCUGCAGGCUUGCUUAGCUUGAAGCUUUACCUCCUUAAUCUUGACUCGAAAGCCCUCGACGAGGAUAACCUAGCGUCCCUUUUCCAUGAUCUUCCCCGUCGAUGCAUCGUUCUCCUCGAGGAUGUUGACACCGCCGGUGUCACUCAUACUAGAGGGAAAACAACGGAUUCGUCGAAGGAUAAAGAUAAACCAACCGAUAGUACCGACCAUACAGAAGCAGAGGAACUCGAGGGAAAGGACAAAGACAAAGAUAAAAAGGAGGACAAGUCUCCAGGUAUCACAUUAUCCGCAUUAUUGAAUGUCAUUGACGGAGUUGCAGCCAGUGAAGGUCGCAUACUCGUCAUGACAACCAAUCACCCUGAAAAGCUCGACGCAGCUCUCCUCCGACCUGGUCGCGUUGACUUAAGCAUCGCCUUCGGAAGAACUACCCAAGCCGAUAUUGAGGAGCUUUUUACAUCAAUUUACACAACAAUGGAAGGCGAUCUUCCACGCGCUGCAGCCUCCCGACGUCUCCCUAAUGGGGCGGCCAAGCAUCUGACGAACGGCAGCGCCAACCACAACCACGAGAAUGGUAAAGUCGAAUAUGCAGAGAAACGGAAGCAAGAGGAGAAUGAUAAAGAGCAAAAACGUCGUCUUCAUGACCUUCGUGUCCGGAUUUCGAAGCUCGCGACCGACUUUUCGGCGAUCAUGCCCAACGGGGAGUUCACUGCUGCCGAGAUACAAGGAUACCUUCUCAACCAUAAGGAUUCCCCCGAGGCUGCUAUUGGUGGCGCAGAUGCCUGGGUUCAAGGACUCAGAGAGAAGAAAUCUGCCCAAGAUAGUAUUUUAGCAUAG